UGGCAGUGUUCUGCCGGUCAGUGAACCAAGUUCACGGUCAUUGACCGGAUUGCGUGGGAAAGCUGGCGAACUUCGUCGACGUUCAUCUGAACACGACUUUCAGGAGUUUCCUGGUCCUACUGUAACGAACUAUACUAUAUAUAAACGCAUGGUUUUCGUGUGUUCGGUUCAAGGGUACGUUUUAAGGCUUAGAACUCGAAGAUGGACUCCCGACUUUUGACACACCAUGAAGAUCGGCAAGAGAUCAAACCAAGGAUGGUGGUGGGAUCACUUCGUGGAGCACCCAGGUUAUGCUGUCAAAGACCCAGCUUCUAUGGUCAGUGGAAAGGCAAAGGUAGUGUGUGCAAGGCUCUAUGAGCAACGUGUUGCGCAUGAGCAGGCAAUGGAUGAGCAGCAGGUACACUUGGGCCAGCGAGAUGCACCAAGGGACGAAGUGGCAAUAGCAGGCACUCGUACGCAAGUUUGUUUUAUAGCUUUCUGUUACUAACUUAAUGUACUAGUUUGGGCUAGUGGCCCGAAUGAUCCCCAACGCAACUGAGACACUCACCCUUCUGGCAGAACUCAAGAUGUAUGUUCACGAAGAGCAUGUACGCAACGAUGUGGUCAAGAAGUGGCUUCAACGCCGGUACUGUGACACCGAGGCCACUGACAAACCAGAGCCUACUCAAGUAGUUCAUGCAGUUGGCGACAAUCUAUCAGGAGAAAGCAGCGAACGGGAGCCACGCAGCCUCGCUUUCGAGAGGCGAGGGAUAAGUGAUGUUGCAGCAGACCUUAUCCGAGCUGUUCAGGAGGAGAAGGAGAUUUCCACCACAGAAUCAAUGCACUCAGUCCCCAUUGGUGCUGCCGGUGCCGGUGGUUCAUUCUCCCGCAUUGCU